UGAGGGAGGACUUUUUUGUUUUUUGGUCAUUUGUGUAACGUAAUAUGUAAACCCAAACUUUUUCCCAGCAAAAUCCAAACCCUUUUGCAAUUUUAAGCACCCCCUUUCUUUUUCACUUUAUUCUCUCUCGAAUCUCUCCCCAUGUGACUUCAUCUCUCUCUGUCAAUUCAGUUUUUCAAUUUCUUAUCAAAAUUCUGGUUCUUUUUCUGGACCUCAAAAGGCAAAAUCCCGGAUAAAGAAUGAACAACUUUGAAGCUGCAGCUUGGAAAAUCUGAAUGAUGGGCGCUUAGGUUCGUAUCAAAUUUUGAAUUUUUGAAGGGAGGGAAUUCAUACUUCGGUGCAAGAGGACGGACACGCUACCUGGUCAACUGGCAUAACUCACGUCUGCAAGUUGUUAUCUUUUCGUUGAGUGAUGCUUAUGAUGAGGGACUUCCCUUCUUGUUUUGGUGAAAAUGGUGUUCAAGUUGCAGAUUUUUCAUCAUCAUCUUCUUCCUCAAGAGCCACAAAAGCUGCCCAGAACUUGGUUUCCUGCGUCUACCAGUGCAAAUUAAAGGGCAGAUUGUGUUUGAUCACUGUGACAUGGACCAAGAAUCUGAUGGGGCAAGGCCUCGCCAUUGAAAUCGACGAUGCAGCCAGUCAUUGCCUCUGCAGAGUUGAGAUUAAGCCAUGGAUUUUCUCCAAGAGAAAAGGGUUGAAGAAUUUGGAGGUGGACUCUACGAAAAUUGACAUCUUUUGGGAUUUAACAAAUGCCAAGUUUGGUUCAGGACCUGAGCCAUUGGAGAAGUUUUAUCUAGCUCUUAUGUUUGAUCAAGAAAUUGUUCUGUUUCUUGGGGACUUGAAGAAGGAGGAUUUCAAAAGCCCUGCUGGGUCCAAUUCCAAGUCCAAACACAAAUUCAAAUCCAAAUCCAAAACCACAGCCGAAUUCGUUGCAAAAAGAGAGCACAUUUGUGGGAAAAAAAUUUAUGGAGCAAAGGCACAGUUUUGUGAUUUGGGCAAAACCCAUGAUGUGAAAAUUGAGUGUGAAACUGCAGGUGGCCUCCAUGAGGCAUAUCUUGUGAUCUGCAUUGACAGCAAGAUUGUAUUGCAGGUGAAGAGGUUGAAUUGGAAGUUCAGAGGCAACCACACAAUUGUGGUAGAUGGGAUGAGAGUUGAAGUGUUUUGGGAUGUGCACAACUGGCUGUUUGGGAAUUCAAUGGGAGACGCAGUUUUCAUGUUCCAAACUUGCCUUGAUGUUGCUGCAGAUGAAAGCAAGAAGUUAUGGACUGGUUUGCCAGUUCUGGAUCCUUCUGUGUUCACUUGGUCUUCUUCCUCUGAGCAGUUGAGAGAGAACCAGUUGCAGGAUUUUGGGUUCUCACUGGUUUUGCAUGCUUGGAAGAAUGAAUAGAAGUAGAAAAGCAAGAAGUUAUGUUUUCAAUUUUUGGGGUUUUACAAAUACUUGGCGCCAAAACCUAGCGUAGUAGCGUUCUAGGAUUCAUACAGUCGACCUCACUUAGUAGAGUAAGGUUUUGUUGUUGUUGUUGUUGUUGGGGUUUUACAAAUACUUGAAAUGAAGCCUAUGUUUGUGGUUUGGCAAAUAACCUUAUAUAUACAAAGUAUGAGUCUUUACUCUCUUCUUGUUUUA